AUGCAACAAUUCGAUAAUUUCAAUAUUUUCACUUCUAACUUUUAUUCAUCACUGUAUUUAGACUCAUUCAAUGAAAGACCCGCAUCCAGUGGUGCUGGUAGACGUGGUGGCUUCCUCCCAACCCCUACUGGUGGUCCAACAAUCUAUUCACCAGUUGGAAGAAACACCAACUUGGCCAUUUAA